UGGAACAAGAAGUCCAACCCGCAGCGCUGAGUCCACAUCUGCACACGAUGUCUGUUGAACUCUGCCCUGUGAGUGAACCAGAUGGGAAGAAUGAAACCACUCAGGAUUUCACACUGGGAGGGAAUAAACCUUUACACCGCUUCCUAAGGUGUCAACCCAAGGCCAUUGGGACGGUUAUGCUGGUCAUUGGGGCAUCCUCUGUGAUCGUUGCCAUUGCCACCUCCUCAGACGUCUACAUUCUCCACAUGUGGAUGGUCAUUCCUCCAGAGAUUUUCAUGGGAAUAUUGCUCACCAUCUGUGGGAUUUUAUACAUUGUGACACAGCACAGACCCACCAAGAAAACUGUGACCAUAUCAUUUGCUCUCAGCAUUGUGUCGACGCUCGGGGGAUUUUGGACAAUUUUCGUCAUGCUCAUUAACUUCCACAUCUACUAUGGCUAUAGUAGUGAUGACGAACACAGCAAUGAUACCGCCACUGCCAAUGAAAUACCAUCGGCAUCUCAUUUAGACAUUAUGGGACUGACCUUGGAGGCAGUCUUUUUGUUGUACAGCUUCGUUGGUACAAUUAUCUUUAUCACCAUGUCAGUGCUGGCAGGAGCUGCCCUCCGUUCAACAAAGACUCAGGCCAUUGUAGUGAUGACGACGACGGCAGCUGAAGCGCCAGUUGAAUGAAAAGUGAAGAAGGUCCAAACUUUUGCAAAUCGAGCAGCAAAGAAUCUCUCGUCUAUUAAUAGAUGUUCAAAUAUUGCACUUUCUCUGUGACAGAAGUUGUAGUUGGAAACAACACAAUGCAAAUAAUCCAACUAAUGUGUGGUAUGACCAGUCCUGUGUCUUACUGCCAGAAACUGUAAGCCACUGUCAUCAAAAUAAAAACACUGAGCUUUGCUCAGUGGUAGCAAACUGCUGCCCCGAGCUGCAGACUGGAGUUGACGUUUCACUUCAUCUUAUUUUUGCGUCAUCUGAAGCAGCUAAACCAAUGAUUGCAACAGUCAAACUGUGUGGACAUUGUCAGCAUUGUGAACAAGACACAGAAAAAAAGCAUAGUGUUUAUUUCCAAGUGGUAACAACUUAAUCUGUAAUUCAUAGAUCAUUUACAAAUAAUACAUCAGCUACGGUGACUAUUUAUUAGUAUUGUUUUGCUCUCCUGUUUAGUAACCUGAUCUGUUUCAAGAUUUUAUGCUGUAUCUAUAAGAAUGUGCAAGGACUUGAGAUUCUUGCUAUUUCAUGCUACGUGAAAUGAAAUGGAGUUAUGUGCUUAAGCACCCCUGUCUCUUUGAAACCCUCAAAUUAUGAGGCCAUAAUUUUAGAAGUCACAUAGGAAGUUCAGGGAACCCCAUCAGUUUGCAGUUUAACCCUUACAAUGUUGCAGUGUGUGUAAGUUGUACCAGAGUGUACCUCCAAUUAAUUGCGAAAUAUACAAAAAUGCAAACAAGCAGUUAUCAUUGCAACCACAUGUUUCCAAUGAUGCAACAGACUUAGAAAAAAAACUGGUACAAGCCGCUACUGACCUCAGAUGUUACAAUGCAGGUUUCACAAAAGAUGACAGGCAAGAAAGGUACCAUCUUACAACAAAACUAAUCUGGUAACAUUUCUCGGGAAAUGGGGUUUUAACAAGUGGGUACUGUUGCACACAAAUAUUUUUUUCAAAAAUACUUGUUCCCAAUGUCAAUGGAACCUCAACCAGAUGAUUACUGUCAAGUUGCCAUAUCUGGAUUUGGCAGUGGGCAUGAGUUGAGUUCAGAUCUGUAACUCCAAAGUCAACAACUUUAAGGAUACUUAUUCAUCGUAGUCAUGACAAUGCACCCGGUGUAGACAUAUUUUUGCGACCUGAUGUUCUAGAUGCUAAGUAAACACAUUCUCACGUCAAAAAGUGUCAUCAUUUUAUUGACAGUUCAGGACUUGAGUCAUGUUUUCUGUAAAAAAAAUCCUAUUACACAAGCUCAGAUACUCAGUGAAUGGCAUAGAAUACAAGCAAAGUGGGAAGUAUGAGUUUUAUAACAAUCAAAAGAAAUAAAGUUGCGGAAAGAAAACCAGGCAGGCCAGGUAGGUAGAAUAUUAUUCUUAAAGCUGCUAAUAAUUCCAAUAAAUGCUUUUCAAAGUAAUUUCAUUGUGAAGUUAAUUAUGUGCUUCUUUAAUUUAGAAUGUUAUGAAAUGAAAUUUUGUAUUAUCCUUAACAGAAGGAUAGGACAACAA